CUGCGUUCAUUCCCAAAAGCCAGCGAGGAGCAUCGAGUUCAUCCGUAGGAUACAGAGUACCGGGCGUCCGUGACUUCUCCCAAAUCCUGCGAGUGAGCCGUGUAUAGGCUGGCUUUGCGGUGCGCCAUGAUACAUAAGUAACUCAGCCUCAACCUUAGCCUGGACAAUGUAACAUAGCCGUCUGCAGGGUGCACGAUUUUUCAUAUCGUCUGAGGCCAAGAAGGGCCAAGAUCAACAUUAGGGGCGAUCCCCAUGUCACGCGCUCCACAUACUACUCACUGGCAGUUCCGGGAACUUGUUUUGGACAGCCAGCUGGCAUCCUGUUCGAUCAUCGAUCGAUUGCCCCUAAGCUUCACAGUGCUGAAACUGAGUCCUGCUCAGAAUUCUGUCUACCUGAAUGUCACGCGAAAAUGGUGGCACUUCCUCAUGUUGACCGCAUGUUCAUAACCGCAGCAUGGUUAGAGUCUAUAAUUUAUGGAAUCAACUGUGUGCUUUUCUGCAUAUGUAUGUACAUCCUGUUCAAUCGAAACAAAAGGCCACAUUGGAUUAUUCCUAUGACAUGCAUUUUGCACUUUUUAAUCGCGACAGUACACAACAUUCUCUGCCUUAUUCGUUCUCUGCAUGCCUUCACAAAUACCGCCGUAAUAUCAGUCCCCGACGGAAGUGUCUUGUACCUCCUCAAGCUCACACCCUUAUCGUUCGCGAUGUCGGGAUUGUACAUUCUCAAUACCAUCGCUCUAAACUUACUGCUAAUCUGGAGGCUGUAUGUGGUUUGGUAUCACAACCGGUUCCUCGCUAUCAUCAUGCUAAUUCUGGAAGCUGGACGAUCCUCAACUGCUGUCGCGGCCUGGGCCGUGAUACUUCAGUUCCAUCAAGUCUUCUCACAUACUGUCCAUGCUUUGUCGAAAACUAGUUUCGCGAUUGAUCUUGUCGUCACUAUCAGUGUCACGUCCGGAAUCGCAUAUCGUCUUUGGCGCGCAGGCCAAGAUGUAUCUCAUUUGACUGGUCACAAUGCUUACAAAGCUGCCGUAUACACUUUCAUCGAGUGCGGUGCGAUCUAUACCAGCAGUAUCGUGGUAUUGAGCGCUCUGAACAUAUCUGGCAGCCUAGCUGGUAUCAUGGCCAUCGAAGUUAACGUCCAGAUUGCGACCUUGACACCUCUUCUUCUUGUUGCCAGUCUUAGCCGCAACCUGAAGCGCAGAGAUAGACAUUCCGAUACAUCAACGCCUACUGGUCCCGCCGACUUGGUUCGACCAGUCCAGGUCAAUAUCACUGAGGAGAUCUGUACCCAUCCUGUGGAGACUACAGAUUCUAGUUUUCGGAAGACUCACAGUAUACUGCGAUAAUGUAACGUGACAUCGGCUAGGAGCAUGUAUUCUUCCUUGUAUGAGGGAGGGAGGGUAGACGUGCCAAUAAGCAUGUAUUUUUAGUCCUUCGCCGUGCACCUGUCUUCAAACUGUGAACUCGGAGAACGAAGGUGAAGAUGAUCCAGGGAUCGCGGGAGGAGCUGUGGACAUCCUAUUUUUACCGUCAUUCUACGCAAAUUUCCUAGGGCAGGCAUCAUUCCUCUGGCCUCGCAGAGGUUCAGCGAUGGGCGGAUCCCUGUAUCUAUGGUGGCACGCUGAUCAUAAAAAUGGCUCUGGGGCGCAUCAUCCAAAGUAACAUUAAUUGGAUAUAUUGUUCUGAAC